UACUGCUGUGUUGAGGCAGUGGUGAAAUGAAAGCUGUCUGUCUGCAUGCCGGUAUCUGUAUGGACGUGAGAAUGUCAUUUUUGUUUCUGUCAAAGUGAUCAGAAGAUUUUAGCAGUUUUGACCGCCAGCUUCUUCUCUAUGAACUAAUAAUUAUUACCAGCAACAGGCGAUUUUAUCUUGGAAAUUGGAAGAACAAUAAUUUGAUGUUGAAGUCGAGAUCUAACUCCCUGCUCCUGGGCAUUUUGAUGAAAUUUCAGUGAGCAUAAUAAUAUUAUCGAACUAUUCCUUCUGGCAGCAUGGCGUGGACUGGCUGUAAAUCUUAUCUGGAGGAUACCCUACAAAGGUCCGAUUCCCCAGAGCGUGGUUCAGUUUCAGAACAUGAAGUGGCUGGUAGCACGAAUGAAAGCACACGCCUCACCGGAGGCAGAGUGCAGGCAUCACAAGACGGACAAAUGAGUUGUCUUGCCCGUGAUGGGUCAGAAAGCAUCAGCACAGAUCAGGGACGCGCUGAUGGGACGAGUGCGAGAGAAGCCUUCUUUCAUGUUCUGAAAGGCAACGUUGGUACAGGAUUGCUGGGAUUACCUAGUGCUUUUGCAUUCGCCGGUCUACCGAUGGGCUUCAUUGGCAUGGUUCUUAUCUGUAUCCUUGCUGUGCACUGCAUGUUCUUGUUGGUGCGUUGUGCUACACGUCUGAGAGAAUCACGAAAGCAGAAUGACACGGAUUUGCACUACGCCAAGGUUGCCGAGCUUGCUUUCCAGCACCUCCCAGCUCCUAUCUGUCACUACAGUCGUGUUGGCAAGUUCGUUGUCAACAUGUUCAUAAUCAUGACCCAGUUUGGACUAUGCUGUGUAUACGUGCUGUUCGUAGCUGCCAAUGUACAACAGGUCUUGGCUGCAUGCGGCUUCAAUGCCUCGAAACAUAUGAUCGUACUUUUCUCCCUGAUCUUGUUCAUACCUGGCUCAUUCCUGCGCUCACUCAAGCAUUUAGCCCCUCUGUCGGGUGUCGCUACCAUUGUUCAAGUUAUCUCCAUCUUCAUCAUCUUCUUCUACUUGGUCACACAUACUAAUAUCUCGGAAGUGAAUCUUAGUCCAACAAAGCCGGCUUUAUUCUUUGGUGUUGCGGUCUUCUCAAUGGAAGGUAUAUGUCUGGUGUUGCCUUUGGAGAAUGACAUGCGUGAUCGCAAGCAGUUCCCCGCAUCUCUGGGCGGUGGCAUGCUACUGACGUGUGUGCUCUACUUGGCUAUGGGCACGCUGGGUGCUAUUGCCUUCCGUCAGCCCAAGGGCAGCAUCACAUUGGAUCUGCCUUCUGAUGGCGUUCCUGAAAACAUACCCUACAUAUACGUUCGUCUGUUCUACGCUUUCAGCAUAUUUGCCACCUACUUUGUACAGCUAUACGUACCACUGGCUAUAGUGCACCGUAAAAUUAUCAAGUACAGUGGACGUCUUGAGCGCUUUGCUCCCUACUUUGUACGCGUUGUAUUCGUUGGCAUCACCGCUGUGAUUGCAAUAGUCGUACCAAGACUAGACUUGGCCAUCUCCCUGGUUGGCUCCUUCUCGAGCAGUGCAUUGGCUCUGAUCUUUCCCCCGAUUCUGGAGCUCAUCAUCUUCUGGAAUGAAAGGACACCAUUCAUGCUUGUCAAAGAUAUAUUCAUCACAGCCUUCGGUUUGUUGGGCAUGAUUGUCGGCACAGUGAACACGCUGCGUGAAAUGGCUGCUUAGUUGCAUUUGGCUAGCUCUCGCCUUUACAUUUAGUUUGGAUAGCUUGCCUUCUACAUAUUAUACUUAUUUUGUGUCAAUUCACUCCACCAGCAGCAGUAUCAAGGUCUCCAGCUUACACAUUCCUUGAUCGUUGUAUGACCUUUUUCGACUGAUUGUCACAGUCUCUGUACGAGGAAUUGUGCACCAAUACCCAGAUGAUGCGCUGUCAUCAGAUGUAGAAUUUUUAGAAUUUGCACAUUGCUGCCUUCAGUAUUCCCUCCUAGCCUUUUUACAGGAUAUGACGUAUCCCGCGCAGCAAACAUGGGAAUAUAGACCCCCACCUGAUCUUUGUCUGACAUGACUAUGGUAGCCAGUUGUAUCUAUAGCUUCUAUACCGUCGUUACAAAUCAAAGUGAAAUGGUGUCAACUGAUUUUAUCCGGACUUAUUUACAGUUCAUAUUGAGUUAUCUGUCAAAAUCCUCUACACAACUUCUCUCUUCGUCUUUACUUAGCUCAUAUCCUCUGAGUUGAAGCUUUUUUCUUCAAGUCACUCUUCUAUCCUCAAUAGUCGACUAAAUGCCCUAAUCUACAACCCUGACUCAUGUGCAGGGAGUAGUACCGUAAAGUACCGUUGGUCCGUCCCGCUCUAAUUCCUGCCCGCUGUAGAAUUUAUGCCUGUGAAGCGACGUAGGCGUAUACAACUAAUUAUCACUCCCUUAGUAUUGACUCCCAUAGAUUUUUGCCAUGCCUAAGCAGUCAAAUAUUCCUGCAUAUUUCACUCCUUAGGGCUAUAUUGACCGCUUAUAUUUGA